AUGUUUCGUCUCAUUACCGACUUUAAACCCCAAGGAGACCAAGAAAAAGCUAUUCAGCAAUUAGUCCAAGGCAUUCAACAAGGCAAAAAACAACAAGUGCUUCUCGGAGCCACCGGCACCGGCAAAACUUUCACCAUGGCUAACGUCAUUGCCCAAACCCAAAAACCAACUUUAAUUCUUGUUCCCAACAAAACUCUUGCUUUGCAAAUUUACCAGGAAAUGCAAAAUUUUUUCCCCCAAAACAAAGUUGAAUAUUACGUUUCUUAUUUUGAUUAUUACCAGCCGGAAGCAUAUAAACCCCAUUCCGACACUUAUAUUAGUAAAAAAACCCAAGUCAACGUGAAUAUCCAAAGGAUGCGUUUAAAAGCCUUAAAUAGUUUAGUGACCGAAAAAAAAGUGAUUGUGGUCGCCUCAGUCGCCGCAAUUUAUGGCUGUUUUGACCCCCAUUCUUACCGAAAAGCAAUUUUAGAAUUACACCAAGGUCAAAAAGUCAGUAAAAAAGAAAUUGCUAUUUGGUUAACUAAACUGGAAAUCAAAAAUGGUAUUUUGGAAAACAUCGAAAAGCAGGAAAGAAAAAGUUUACCGGAAAUAUUAGCCGAAAUUAAACAAGAAUUAAAAGAGCAAGUAGAUAAAUUUAACCAAGAGGGAAAAAUUACCGAAGCUAGAAACCUCGAAAAAAGAACCAGCGAAAAUUUAAUUGAUUUGGGAGAAACUGGCUAUUGUCCAAUGAUUGAAAACUACGCUCGUUAUUUUGAUGGUCGCCAACCAGGAGAAUGUCCUUAUGCUUUACUAGAUUAUUUUCCGCAAGAUUAUUUAACCAUUAUUGACGAGUCCCAUUUAGCCAUUCCCCAAAUCCAAGCCAUGUAUAAUACCGACCAAAGCCGGAAAAAAACUUUGGUAAAAUAUGGCUUUCGCUUGCCUUCCGCUUUGGAUAAUCGGCCUCUGAAUUUUACGGAAUUUGCUAACAAAUUGUCUUUUGUCGUGUAUACUUCAGCUACUCCGGGACCUUAUGAACUAGAACAAGUUAACUAUGAGGUGGUCGAACAAAUUAUUCGUCCUACGGGACUUUUGGAUCCCCUCGUGGAAAUUCGUCCCACCAAAGGUCAAAUUGAGGACAUUAUUCAGCUAAUUCAACAACAAAUUCCCAAAAAAGAAAAAACGAUUAUUUAUGCUCUAACGAUUAAAAUGGCGGAGGAUAUUGCUUAUUUUCUCAACCAGAAAGAUAUUAAAGCGAUUUAUUUACAUAGCAAAUUAGAUGUUUUUGCUCGCAAUCAAGCAAUCACCAGUUUAAGGAGGGGAGUUUAUGACGUUAUUGUUGGUAUUAACCUUUUGCGAGAAGGAUUAGACAUGCCCGAAGUUUCCUUAAUUUGUCUUUUGGAUGCCGAUAAACCUGGUUUUUUGCGGGAUACUCGUUCCCUCAUUCAAAUUAUUGGUCGAGUGGCACGUCACCAAAACGGAAGGGUGGUUCUUUAUGGAGACACGAUUACUACUAAUAUGCACCAAGCCAUGAACGAAACCCAAAGACGCCGUAAUCUGCAAAAAGCACACAACCAAAAAAACCAAAUUACUCCCCAAACUGUCCAAAAAGAAAUUUUUUUCCUUGACCCGCGUUUAACGGCUUUACGAAAAGAAAAACAAGAACAAAAUUGA